AAUCAAUUAGGUAUGCCACUUCUCAUCACAUUAAAUUUGGUAUAAGGCUAUCCAUGGUGUAAAAAAUAGUAUUGGGUCGAAAAUGGUGUUACCCCGAGAAACAGUGCUAGUUUUCCUUUGCAGUCCCUUUUGAUCUCCGAUACACGCAGUAAAUUUCAGUCGUUUGGUUGUAUGCGAAUCUCACUCUCCAGAUAUCGUUAAAUUUUCGUAGAUACAGCAAAAAUGCCUGUGCGAAUGGUGGAGUCUCCAGCACCUUCUAAUUCUUCAGGUGCAAAUUAUGGACAAACUUGUCUACAACCUUGUUCACUUUUAAGUGUUGGACAGGCUUUUUCAGGAACUCAGAAUGUUUCAAGUCCACAAAAGGAUGAAGCUUGGAGAGUUAAUGUGCGAAUCCAAGGCUGUGACCUUGAUCAUGGAUAUCUGUGUGGGACCAUGGAAGCUCUAAAUGUUCCAAUGGCAGAUACACCUGUGGUUACUUUUUGGGAGGGAGAAAUUGUUGAUACCAAAAAUUAUACCUUCUUUACUAACAAAUGGAAAGCCACGUCAGAAGUGGACAUAGAACACUGGACGAAAUUUCCAUCUUUUUCACCUCUUCUAAGUCAAGUUGAGGUUGAUGGCGGGAAAUCAUUAGACCUCAGCAACUAUCAGUAUAUUUUUAUGAGAUGGAAAGAGCAGUACUUUGUGAACGUUGGAGCGGAUUGUGGGUUGACUAUUGCUGGUUUUUACUAUGUUUGCUUCUCGUGUGUGGAUGGGUCUAUCAAUGGCUAUUAUUAUGAUCCAAAUAGCAGCCCGUUUCAGAAGCUUGAGUUGAAAACGACGAAUGAAGGAAGAUCCGGUUUCAGUUUCUCUUCUUAUGAGUUGCAAUAAGAGUCGGGUUGUUUUUUCCACGUCAAAAGGGACCCUAAAUUAAUUAAUCUGAAAUUCAUGUAGCCAUCUUGUUAUCCAUAAAAACUGAAAAUUAAUCAAUAUGGACUACCAAGUACCAUCUCAACCACUAUUAUUGUAUUAGUAGAUUAUUAUUUAUAGUUGUUUAUUGAA